AUGAACUCGACUACUACUAACGGCCUGGAAUAUUUUAAACAAGAACGGGAGGAAGCCGCAUGUUGGUCACAACCGUCUUCACCCUCCGAUGUAUCCUCUCCACACACACCAAUUUCCACCUCCGACACUGACUUCAACGUCUAUCACGUGCCCAGAGGAUAUGACGUUGUUCUAGUACCUUUAAAGAUCGAAGAACAGGUUGCUUCAGAAACCAGUGGUCAAAAUUCAACCGGGUCAACCUCCACAUCCCUGGACGCUUCUUCACAGAGCUCUUAUCCUUCUUCUACCUCAAUAACUAAGCCCGUCGACAUUCCAAAGUCAAAAACUCCAACUUCCACCGACGCCAAGGCAAUCGCAACCACAACUCCCACCACCACCCCACGUUUAUCCGCCUACCGUAAACGUAUGGCCGACAAGAAUUACAUUCCUCGUCCAAAAAAUUGUUUCAUGGCCUAUCGUGAGCACAUCAAGGAAAGGUUCUUGGCUGAAAACCCUGGAAUGAACAACAAAGUGGUAUCGGUGCUUGCUGCAAAUAUGUGGAACAAUGAACCAGAGGAUGUCAAGGAAUACUGGCGGGAGCGCGCAAAGCAACUCAAGUUGGAGCACAAAUUGAAGUAUCCUGAUUAUAAGUUCAAACCACAAAAGAAGAAGCAAAACUUAAAAACCCCUGGGGGUGCAAAGGCAGCGGCAAAGGUUAAUGGUCGUAAGAAGAAUGAUUCAAAAAUCAUUUUUGCUGAUGAAUUGUUGUGUGACAGUGAUGACGGAAAGCCCGUCUAUUCCUUGAAUUUGGAAGGGAGUGAUGAACAGGAGGAGGUUUAUUUGACACAUUUUCAAAAGAAGGCCAUUUUCGGACAUUAUCGUUCUUCAUCCGUAGACUCGGUUAGUUCGUGGAAUAGUGACUCGACCGCUUCUACUCCCUUACUUUCACCCUUUGUAGGAUCACCUAGCUCUUUGUCUCCACCUCCCUAUAACAUGAGCGGUCAUCUAGGAAGAUCGUCGUCGGCUUUACGUUAUGAAGCCGGUCAAAUUGCACACAAUAAUAACGAAACAACUCAAAAUAACCUGGUGUCCUCGCAUAAUUUGUCAUCUACUCAAGCCGUGUUCAACGACGUCGAUCAAUUGAACCACAUGUAUCACAAUCAAAUGGAUAUCAAUGCUCGUGCAAAUUUGCCUGUUGAUGAUGGAUUCGUUCUUGAUUCCUCGUCGUAUGAUGGUUCAACGUCCACACCAUCGUUCUUCAGCUGUUCCCCUCCAUCAGCGGUCGAAAUGUCCUCCACUGAUUACGACUUGAUGGCCAUGGGUCACUAUACUGCUUCGCCAAUUGAAGAGGAAAAAACUUUCUUCCGCAAUUAUGAUGCCACCGCUGAAUCUGCCUAUCAUCAACAUGUAAUUAAUCCUUCUUCAUUUGAUAUCUCAUCAUCUCAGGAAUCUCAAUUGACAAUUGCCCAACAUUAUGCGUAUGCUCUUGAAACGCCUCGACGUAAUUCCCAGCAACUUUUGGCUGAAUUCCAACACGGUCUCAAACGUAUUGAGCUAGAUUUCUUGUCUUCCUGCGAGCCAUAA